ACGUCACUUCCCGCCGCGCCUCGCCCCGACCGGCCGCGCUUCCCAAUGGCGGCGGCGGCGGCGGCCGCGGGGGCAGGGGGCGGCUCGGCGGCGCUGGGCGACAGCGCAGCCAUCGACUACUCGGUGCAUGAAGCGUGGAACGAGGCCACCAACGUCUACCUGCUGGUGGUGUUGGCCAGCCUCGCCCUCCUGGUCUACGCCCGGCGGAACAAGAGGAGGAUCAUGCGCAUCUUCACCUUACCCCCGGCCGCCGAGACGCCCCCCGAGCCCAACUUCUAUGACAGCAUGAAAAAGAUUCGCCUGCGGCAGCAGCUGGAGAUGUACUCGAUCGCAAGGAAGUACGAGCAGCAGCAGCAGCAGCCACCAAAACAGACUGAAAGUGUGCAGCUCUCAGUGGAGUGAAGCCCUCAUUUGUAGGACCUCAGGAUAUAUUUCUAGUGCUGGUGGCAAAAGUCGCUGUGGGACCGUUACCAAUGCCUCUUAAUCCAUGCAUAGCUGAAGGCAAGAGGCAAAGGAAGUGGACUCGUCUAAAAACUUUGUUCUUGGCAGCUUUUCUCAGCCCCAUGAAGUAAGUGUGGGUGCCUCCUGAAAUAUUCAGCAUGAAAGUACCAAACACAAGGCACAGCUGCUCAGAGAAGCCUCUGAGGGUUGAGAAAUACCUUCUAACCAGUGUUUUAAUUUAUUUCUGCCAGCACCUUGGAAAUUGGCUCCUACCUUCUCUGCCAAUGACACCCUAGAGAAAGCAGGGCAGUACCUCACUGCCUGGAAACUAUUUUGUUCCUUGCAUACACAAUACUGUGAAGAGUUCUGGAUCAACUUGGAGAACAGAGAAGUACACAGUGCUGUGAACUGUAUGUCUAGAAGACACUUAAAGCUAAUACUAUGCUAAUAGCAAAAGUGGUUAGCUUGAUUUAGUCAAAAUGCUUUGAAGAAUGGGAUUGUCUAAAAAUAUGCAUAAAGAGAAAGGUCAUUGCUUAAACAUCACACCCUAGUUACUUUUUUCUUUCGAGGUAAAUCACAAAUUUGGAGAAUACUGCAGAAAUUGCUUAUUAAUAAAAGCAUCUAAUGCUGAAAACUA